AUGAAGUUCACCAACAUUGUUCUGGCUGCCAGCGCCGCAAGCGUCGCCUACGCCUACCCCCGAGGAAGAGACGCUGUUCCUACCAAGCAGAGCGCUGAUCUCAAGAAGCGUGCCAAUGGAUUCACUUGGGUGGGUGUUAGCGAAUCCGGUGCCGAAUUCGGUAGCAACAUCCCCGGUACUCUGGAGCAAGACUACACCUGGCCCAAGACUUCCCAGAUUCAGAUCCUGAGAGAUGCCGGCAUGAACAUCUUCCGUGUUCCCUUCUUGAUGGAGCGCCUGGUGCCAACUAGCAUUACCGGCACCCCGGAUGCCACUUACCUGGCCGCCCUUAAGUCCACUAUCAAGUUCAUCACCGACAGCGGUGCCUAUGCCGUCCUUGACCCCCACAACUACGGAAGAUACCAUGGCAACAUCAUCACCUCGACCUCCGAUUUCAAGGCCUUCUGGAAGACCGUUGCUACCGAGUUUGCCUCUAAUGAGAAGGUCAUCUUCGACACCAACAACGAGUACCACGACCUCGAGCAGUCCCUCGUUCUAGACCUGAACCAGGCCGCUAUUGACGCCAUCCGUGCCGCUGGCGCCACCAGCCAGUACAUCUUCGUCGAAGGUAACGCCUAUUCCGGUGCCUGGUCCUGGACCACCAACAACGACAACCUCAAGGCCCUGACCGACUCCGAGGACAAGAUCGUCUACGAGAUGCACCAGUACCUUGACGGCGAUAGCUCCGGUACCUCCGAGACCUGCGUUAGCGCCACCAUCGGAAAGGAGCGUCUCCAGUCCGCUACCACUUGGUUGCAGGAUAACAACAAGAAGGGCUUUAUCGGCGAGUUCGCCGGUGGUGUCAACGCCAACUGCGAGGCUGCCGUCGAGGGCAUGCUCGCCUACAUGUCCGAGAACAGCGAUGUCUGGAUGGGCGCCGAGUGGUGGUCCGCCGGUCCCAUGUGGGGAUCUUACAUGUACAGCUUGGAGCCCAGCAACGGCCCUGCUUACUCUACCUACCUCCCCAUCCUCGAGAAGUACUUCGUUAGCGGCACUGCCUCUACCCCUGCCUCCUCUUCAUCCACCAAGACCGCCGCCAAGACUUCCACCACCACCGCUGCCCAGACCACCACCACCGCCGCCGCCAUCGAGGUCACCAGCACCCCCAGCAGCAACGUCCAGGUCCCCAGCUCCGUGCUUGAGUCUUCCAGCUCGACUGCCUCCGCUCCCGCUGAGACUUCCGCCGCUGUUGUUCCCGUUGUCUCCACCACCGCUGCCGCCCCGACUACUCUCGCCACUGUCACCGCCCCUGCCUCUGCCACCUCCACCGCUAAGCCCUUCACCCAGGUACCUACCGCCAGCCCCUCUUCUGGAUCCGUUGCUAAGCACUACUACCAGUGCGGUGGCAUUAACUGGACUGGCCCCACUGUCUGUGAGAGUGGUACCACCUGCGUUAAGCAGAACCCUUACUACUACCAGUGUAUCAACUAA